AUGUCGUUACGGACGCCACCGCUGGACUCCAGAAAGAGACAGUCUAAGAAAGACGAGGCCAUCAGACGUAAGAUCGAGCACGAACUCUCGAAAAAGAGAGGUCUGAGCUCCAGGGUCCACAGGCUGAAGAAAGGUGCUCCAGGCACCGUGUGGAGCUUGAUGCCCUCGGAGCCAAUUGUGUGCAAGGCGCUGGCCACGGUAUACGAGGCGGCGCAGCUUAUGCUGGCCAAGAGAGAGAACUGCAUUCUCGUGGUAGACGAUGCUGGCGGGCUCAUUGGAAUCUUCACCGCUAAAGAUUUGGCGUUUCGUAUUGUGGGUUCAGGCUUGAACGCCAAUAACACUCUGAUCGAGCAGAUCAUGACACCCAAUCCGAUUUGCACUCAAGCAAACUCCCCGGCGCUGGAUGCCCUUACGCUUAUGGUGGAGAAAGGAUUCAGGCACUUGCCAGUGUUGGAUGAGGAGAACCACAUUGUGGGUGUGCUAGACAUCACCAAGCUGUAUGCGCAGCAGAUGGAGAAGCUUGAGAGGUUGCACACGUCGUCGAAGAAGCUAUAUGAUGCCUUAGACUCGGUGCACUCCGAAAUGGGCAUGUCUGACCAGCCUCGCCAGGUGUUUGAGUACUUUCAGGACCUCAAGGCGAAAAUGGACGGGCCCACAUUACAGUCGGUGUUAGGGACCUCAACUCAUACAGUGUAUACUACGGUGAAGUCUUCAGUUUACGAGGCCACAAUCUUGAUGAGAGAAAAUAGAACUACUGCUGUUUUAGUGAAGGACACUAACAAUACCGUGAGCGGUAUCUUCACGUCCAAGGAUGUGGUCUUGCGCGUAAUUGCCGCUGGACUCGACCCGAAGAAGUGCUCUGUGGUCCGUGUGAUGACGCCUCAGCCCGACUUCGCCGACUCGAAUCUCUCCAUUCAACAGGCCUUGAGACAGAUGUUCGAGGGGCACUACUUGAACUUACCCGUUGUGGAUGAGAGCAAUGAGAUCGUGGGCAUGGUGGAUGUCUUAAGGCUCACUUAUGCUACGCUCAAUCAGAUCAAACGGAUCGAAAAUCCCCUGGAGAACCUCGGAGUCUCGAGUUCGUCAGAAGGCCCUGCGUGGAACAAGUUCUGGACAUCUUUAGACAACAACGACUCUGAGUCCAUUCACUCCGACUCGGCUAUCAGUGCCCCUGAUGUGACCCCUUCAGAGUUUCAAUCGUUCAACAUUGAUGUGAACCCCUCAGACUCUAUCUCUGCGGUAGAGGAAACGUCAUCUAGGCAAAUGAGCAAGACAGCGUCUACAGCUGGUCGUGAAGGAGUUUUUGUAUUUAAGUUCCGUUCUCCAGCACUGGUGACGAGGGUUCAUCGUGCCACAAUUCGUCCAGAUCAAACCCUCCAGGAUUUGAAGGAUGUGAUUAACUCGAAAUUGCACAGCAAGGAUCUUGAAGCCAUGAAGCUUGAGAAGGACGAGACUUACGCUAUUAGUUACGUUGACGACGAGGGUGAUGUUGUUUCGAUCACAUCCGAUCACGACUUGAGGGACUGCGUUGAGGUGCACGAGAAGUUAAAUAUCACCAAGGCAGACAUCUACCUCCAUCAUCCCCACGAAGAGGCACCGGUGGGCAAAGUCAGGCCAUUGAAACUGACACUGGAGAUUAUUGCAGGAAUUCCCAACCAAACUCUUAUUCCUGUAGUGAUAGCCACUGCCGCCGCCGUUGCCGGUAUUUUUUACGUUACUAAGAAGUAA